AUGCCAGAGGUGAAGCGCAUCGGACUCAUUGGCCUCUCCGCCAAAGGCUCAUGGGCCUCCCAGUCUCACCUGCCAUACCUACAGCAGACAUCACACUACAAGGUCACAGCCCUCCAGAACAGCUCCAAGGCAUCCGCCGAGGCCGCCGCCAUCGAAUACUCGUUGAGCGAUGUUGCGGCCUAUGCUGAGCCUUCCGCGAUCGCAUCCGACUCCAACGUUGACAUUGUAGCCGUCAUCGUCAAUGUUCCAGAGCACUACCAUCUCACCAAACCUGCUAUAGAGGCCGGCAAGGACGUGUUCGUCGAAUGGCCACUGGGCCGCAACCUUGCUGAAGCUGAAGAGCUCACCCAGUUGGCGAAAAAGAAGGGUAUCAAGACCAUGAUUGGUCUGCAGGCACGCCAGAACCCAUCGAUUAUCAAGGCAAAAGAGAUCGUGGAGUCGGGAAAGCUUGGCAGGAUUUUGACCACCACAAUGUUCGGCCACGGCACGGUCUUCGGUUCAACUAUUCACGAGGGAUUCCUGUACGGUCUGCCGGUCGAAGCUGGUGCGAAUCUGCUCACUAUCCCCUUCGGCCAUGCUGUGGAUGCGCUGUGCUAUGUUCUUGGCGAGAUGGAAGACAUCUCAGCUUCGCUUGCAAACCUACGGCCCGAACUUGACCUAAUUGGCCAGGACGGGAAGCCUGCAAGAAGAGUCAGCAAGACAGCACACGAUCACGUCAGCAUCACCGGGCAGCUUUUGAAUGGCGGCGGCAUUGUCAGCGUCACAUAUGCUGGCGGAGAGUCGCGCAGCAAUCGUGACUUUGUGUGGGAGAUCAUUGGUACGGAAGGCACUUUGAUCCUCGAAGGCCCCAGGAUGGGGGGGCAUGUGCAGAUGUACCAGCCAACGAUUAAGAUUGCAGCUUCCGACACGUCGCCGGCGCUGUAUGGUGAAACUCCACACGCAAAGCAAGAGCUGGAAGUUGUCAAAGUCGAGACGGCAGCGCAUGCGUCGUUCAAUGUGGGUAGAGCAUGGGACGCCUGGGCCGGUGUCGGGCUGGACAAAGGUAACAGCGUCACGACGUUCGAGGAUGCGCUGCUGAGACAUAAGAUGAUCGAUGCCAUAUACCGAAGUGCUGAGACCGGUAAAAAAGAAAAUUACGUGUGA